CGAUCGAAAAAUGGCGGCCAUCGGAAAGGAAAGUAGCCGGUUGUAUCAAGAAAUAUAUAUUCCCGGUGUAGGCUCAAACAAAUGGAAAGAAAUUACAUUAAAUACAGGGGCCUCUGCUAGUACUCUGCAAGAUAUCAAGGUUGCAGAAAGCUGUGGAGGUUACACAUACAAAAAUGGUGGCUUGAAUGAUAGCUUCACAAGGAACAGAUUUAUAUACUGGAAAGCCAAUGGUGAUAUUCUUGAGCUGAUCGAGGAGAGCCUUGACCAUGACCUGUACGCGUCGAAGGUCAAGUUUCACUUCCAGGACAUGUCAAUACUUGGAGGGGUCUCUGUGCAUGAGUCACAUGGUUAUGUCAUUGUUCUCGUGCCGACAGUUGCCAGCGUCCACAGACUCGUCUUUCCCCACCCCAGCAAACUUUACAGAAGGGAAGCUGGCUACAUAGUACCGGACCAGCCUAUCCCCUCCAUUUUCCACGAUGCUUCCAUAACAAAAUGCAUGGACAGCAAGAAUUCUCAUAUGUUGAAUCCGGCAGGCACAUUAUCAUCAGUGUUUACAUGUGCGGGGUCGUUCUGCACACAGGAAGGGGAAGCUUUGUUCGCACUCGGGAACACUGCCGGCAACAUUCUUCUUGUGAAGAUGCCUCCUCUAGGCAUGCAGGGUAUAGUCCAGCAGUUUGAACUCUGCCAAACAUCUGUGAUGCAAAAACUGUGGACGGGAUUGGUUCCCUCAAUGAUGCGUGGUGGUCAGGAACCGGCACACACUGUGAGCAGCCUCGUUAUUCAGGCUGUGAGCGGAGAGGCGUGUGUCUUCGCUAUGUGCAAGGAUAGCAGGCUACGGAUCUGGUCCUGUAAGAGCCAUGAAUCUGUGCUGACAUGUAACAUACUGGACUUCACACCCGGUGCCAUGCAUAACCAACUUCCAGCAGGUUCUGGACACAGCAUCAGGAAGAUCACCAGCAACAAUAGUAUGGAUGUGAAGUUUGGGGUUCACCUCAACUUUCCAAAUUCAAAUCAGCUAUGCAUCCUGCAGCCUCGUCUGACAACAAGUCGUCUACAAAUCACUCAUGUUGCCAGUGUGUUCGGUCCUCAGGAGGACUUGAUUGACUUCUGUAUGAGCAACACAACACUCGUUACCCUGUGGACAAGCUCGGAGGGCAGCCCAGUCGUCAGGACACUCAAUUUUGGUGAGGAUGGUCCUGGCCAGUGGGUUGAAGCGCUGCUUCAGGUGCCAGAGAUGGCUGAGUUGCCUGUGCCCGCCCACAAGGACCCACGGGAAGUCUACCUCCAACACAUCUUCCAGCCUGGCAGGUUCUCACGGGAAGACAUUAGGAAAGCUCUCAAUCUUCAGGUGUAUAGCCGGUCACUUGACCCAAAUGUUGUCGGAGAGGCGGCACUCAAUGUAAACACACUCAGACAGGACGUAACCAUUGCCGUGGAAACAGAGAUCCGCAGUGCGGCUGUUGACUAUGAAAUGGAAGAAGAGGAAUAUUACCAGCUGCAGCUCGACCAGUGGACCAAGUUCUAUUCUUGUCUUAUUCAGUACCAUGAGGUCGGUGGAAAAUUAAAGGGAUUGUUUUGUGACAGUGUUUCUGGACUUGUAGCUAUGAUACGGAAGGGCUGCGUUACAUACCUGAGGCCGUGUGAUCCAGUAGAGGAGGUCUAUUGUGGAGGGUUGAACACCGGGCCUGACAACUUCCUGACUGCAAUCAACUCCCAGGACGUAGAUUUGAAGCGAGAUCUUGAACUAGUGAGUGAGGCUUUGAAGGCCAUCAGCCUGGAAAUGAGCGAUCUAUCAGCACAGUUUGAGCAGGAACUCUCAACCAAUCAGAACCUCGAGGCGAUCGCUAGGCAACUGGUCGAUACAGUGGUCCUCAAUCAUGACAUUGAAAACACUGAUGUUCCGUCGGUAUCUACAAGUCUCCGUCUGAUACACAACUUCCCUGCUGUGGUGAGAGCGGUGUUGGAAUAUGUCGACCUUUCAACCCCAGCAGAUGAAGAUAUUAUGCAGGAACAAGGAGUAGAUCCUAUUGCCCAGCUCGGCAUCAGUAGACUGUUCACAAGUGGUGUGGGAGUAGAGAUUGUGUCCCAGUGUGUACAACAGUUUGCUUCUACAAGGUUCGCCCUGCUACGAGACCUGUACCUCUUCCAGACUACGGCACUUCAACUGUGUAAUCAGGCCAACAUUGGUCCUAAUGUGAUCCAGGCCAUUCAGAAUGAGCUUCAACCAUACACAGCCAGCCUACUGCGGGCUUAUCAGGUGCUGAAGUGGGCAACACUCACUAUCGCUGUCCCAACCCAGGCCAACUCUAUGGAAAUGAAUAUUCGUCAGCUAUCCUACUUGAAUGUGUCGGACACCACUGCUCUCGCAAAUGUCCCAAUUGGUCCCGCGUUGUUCCAAAAAAUUGAUCAGAAGGGUGCCAGUCUACUGGAGCUAUUUAUUGUGGGAUGUGGUGGGGAAAAGAUGCGAGGUAGUCAGUCUAUGGCUAACUACCUGUCUGAAGAUCCAGCAGCGACCUGGUCAGUUGGAAUUGGCAACAUGGCGCAGGCUUUGGGAACACUGAUAUGGCCCCUUUCAGAGGAGACUGUUUUCCCAGAGUUUCUGGUCUCCCACUGCCAAUACCUGCCCCUCCAAGCAUAUGUGUCGUCACUACAACACUGGUGUGAGUUCAAUCCAGCCUCACGGUGCUUCUGGCUUGGUCUCGCUUGUCUCCACUUUGAUGAACCUGUGAAGGCGGCCCAGUGUUUUAACCAGGCAAGGGAGGGCGUCGGUGUUGAAGCUUUCAUGCGGGACAGAUUGCUGCAGACCGAGGAGACACAGCCGCGCAAACUGGAGGUCCUUUACUACUUGAAGGUAAUACGGCAGUUUGAAGAGUACUCGGCCCCUGAUGUUGUUAUAUCCCUUGCCAGAAACGCAAUAGCCAUAGCUGACGACAUUGAUGAAAAUUUGCCAACACUGUGGUCCAAAGUGUUCAAGUAUCAACUAGAGCUUGGCCACAACUCUGAAGCCUACAGCGCUAUGAUGGAAAACCCAGACCCCACGCGACGCAAGGACUGCUUGCGACAGCUGCUCAUCUGUCUGUGUGAACGGGGAGAUCUACAGGCACUCGUGGACUUUCCCUACACCGAUCUUGAAGAGGAGGUGGAAAAUAUCCUAGAGAGUAGAGCCCGCUGUAUGGACCUGACCUCUUACAACUACUAUGACUUGUUGUAUGCUUUCCACAUCUUCAGGAACAACUAUAGAAAAGGAGGCAGUGUAAUGUAUGAGCAUGGGAUGCGACUUGGGCGUGAGGUGCCCGGGCGUCAGGGCUUACAGAGACAAGCCCAGUGUUACCUGGCCGCCCUGAACGCCCUACGGCUGGUGAAGCCCGAAUACUCCUGGAUCAUCAAACCCACCAUCCCAACACGACCCAGUGCUGGAGGUGGAGACGCCUACAUGAGGUCACCGAAACAUGGACUGGAUGGGGAAGAGCUGGAUCCUAAAGGUUCAAGGUUCGAGAUUGUUGAGAUAGCGGACAUAGAGCGAGAGUACAUGCUGGUGGAUGCUCGUCUCAGACUGCUUUCACAGGAAGAAGAUUCCUCCCUAGCUGCAGCUAGUUGUCAGGGAGCAGAUGAGAUAGUGGGUCUGCUCGUGAAGGCUGGAAUGUACGACAGGGCCGUUAUUGUUUCCCGGGCCUUUACACUGCCACUGAACCCUGUGUUUGAAAGUCUCGCUCUCAGGUGUGUGAAUCUUGCAAAGAACAGCACUUACCACAUGCGAGGGGACAAUGACUACACGUCCCAGGCCUGGUCAUGGCUGAAAACAAACAAUCUCACCCUUAAACACGUUUCCAAAGAGUCCAGCUCAUCAGAUGAGGCUUGGCAGCUGUUACAACAGUACCUGUCUCGUUACGAGGACCAGUCAGGCCGUUACCAUCGAUGUACCGCCACCAAGCUUCUCGCACAUGGCUUUGCUCUGCCAACCUGGCUUAUUAACUCUUACAAGGGUCUGAACUCUGCUGAGCUGCUGCGGCUGUAUAUUGACCAUGAUUUACUGGAGGAAGCAACCUCACUUUGCACAGAAUAUCUGGAUGCUGUUCUAGACUCAUUUAAGGGCCAGGAUAGUGAACUCUUCAGUAUAAAGGGCUGUUUACACCAUGAGCCCCUGUCUGUCUGGCUGCCAUACUCCAGUAUAGACCUUCUUCUGGCCACAUUACAUGAACAUCGGCAGGAUCAACAACUCUCUAUGAUGUACCAGGGAUUAAAAGACCGAAUGACCAUUUAUAAGGGAAAACUUCACAGCAUCACAGAACAGGUGUUAUCAUCAACUCAACAGCAACAACAGUUUAUGCAGACAGGGUGGUGAUGGUUGGGAAACAUUGUAUAUAGGAUCAACAUCAAUUGACGGUGGCCUACCAACUGUGUACAAAGAACCAAUGAUCAAAACUUUACAGGCAGCAUUGACUCGAAUCAUGCAUACAUUGAAAUGGGACAAAUACACUUCAUUCAUGUGUUUUAAUGUCAAGUUUAUUCAGGUUGAUUUGUAUAUUAUGACUGGCUUAAUGUUAAGUCAUAGUCAGGUAUGAUUCUAACUUAGUUCCUCGAAAAAGUGAGGUUUUAAUUGAUUCUAUGCAAAAACUUGAACAUCUCUGAACGACAUAGAUUCAAGUACAUGAUACAAGAAUCUUUAUUUAAAGUUGGGUAUAUGCUAACAAGAAACAUUAGCUCAGUGAGUUUUUUUCCGACAUUAUGUUUGUCCUGAAGCAAGAAUUGAUAGGUUAUCCAGAAAAAAGGAGAGAAAACAGAUAAGUGAUAUUUUUGUUAAGGAAUUUUGAAACAAAUUUAUGUGUACAUGACAUUUUCAGAUACGUUUUACUCUUAAUAUACAAAGCCAAAAUAUAUCAUAGAGCUGAAAGAAUCAGGUUUUCCUCAUGUGUAAAAUGGUUAUUGAUACACGAGCAUUAUUAUAAACAAGUCAAUCAUGUGUUUAUGAAUAAAAAUGAAGAGAAUAAAUGCAUUCAUAGAUCA